AUGGAUCCACCCCUUCAGCAGCCAGCGCAACAGCCACAGACAACGGCGCGCGACAUGGUCUUCUGCCACGAAUGCGAAAACGAAUGGUACAGGGACGAACACGGGCUAUCCUGCCCCGAGUGCCAUUCUGAUUUCACCGAAAUUAUCGAGGAAAAUCACGAUCCUAGAGUUGCCGCCAUGGCAGAUUCCGACGACGACGGCCCACCCCCACUAGGCGCCUUUCACCACCACCACCCUUGGGAUGCUCCAGACCCAGACGAGGAUGAUAUCAAUCAACUACACUGGAGCACUGGCCCAAACACUUUCGCUGUCCAGGGCGUCAUAUUUCGAGACAACCUCAGCCAACGCCGAGCUGACCCCCACGACCAUGAUCUCCAUAAUCCAGUCUUGGGAACCUUCGCCACGAUGCUGCAAAAUUUAGUGGGAGGGCUUGGACAACAACCUCCUAGUGAACAACCCCCUAGUGAACAACCCAGCGGAUCUCCUUCUCCAGGCCAGGGACCAAAUGAUCGGUUCUCUGGCACACUGCCGGGUGGAAACCGCUUUACGUAUCAACGUACUGUACGGCUCCAUGGCCCAGAUGGCACACAUCGGGGUGCACAUCUGGACCCCAGUGGAGACGAGUUGAACGGACUAGUGGAGCACCUUCUCGGCGCCGCCAUGGGCGGUCCACCAGGCCACACCCACCCUCCCAGUGGACAACCUGGACAACCUCCCGGACAACCUGGACAAUUUCCCGGCCAACCGCAGAUAAACCCCCUCGCCGCUAUAUUCGCACAAUUGAUGAAUCCAGGAAUGGCAGCUCCUGGUGAUUUCGUCUAUUCACAAGAAGCCCUCGAUCGCAUAAUCUCGCAACUAAUGGAGCAAAACACUAGUAAUGCUCCAGGACCUGCUACUCCCGAGGCUAUCGGCUCCCUCCCCAAAAAGAUAAUUACCAUUGAAGACCUCGGGCCUGACGGACGGGCUGAAUGCAGCAUCUGUAUGGACGAAGUCACUGUUGGUGAAGAGGUCGCUCAGCUGCCCUGCCACCACUGGUUCCAUCAACCAUGCGUGGCCAUGUGGUUAGGCGAACACGAUACGUGUCCGCACUGCCGCAAAGGCAUUAUGGAUCACGACAAGGCCGGCGAGAGUGCUAACAGUUCGACGAACACCGCGGAUGCAUCCAGCGGUUCCAACGGCGCACCUGCGACUCCCUCCCGCCAGCAGAUGCCAGGAACCUUCGGUGCCGGCACGGAAGAAAACCCGUUCAUUGUCCCAGAAACACCUGAGCAGAGUCGGUUGCAUGCACAACAAGACCAGCGGUCAAGUUCGGAGCGUCAACCAAGCCCUCAUUCGGUACACUCGGAUGGAGACGCAAGUGGCGGUGGGCUGGGCGACCGUAUUCGGAGGGGUUUGUUUGGCCAACCCCGAUGA